CGGAUAAAGGGUAGGAUACGAACCCGAAAGGAAACGGUAGCAGCGGAACCAAACCCUAUUUCACCCAACCUUCUUCCUUCGCCUUCUGUAACUUUUUUCCUACACAGAUCUCCACCACUGUAAAUUGUUCCUUCCAAACGUCGUCGUUUAAUUGGAUCCUUAAUCUUAAUCCAUCGCAGCCAUGGUUGUGAACGAGAGCAGGCCAUUCAAGAGGGCCAAGAGGAGAAGCGCCUCAGAUCUCUGCGAUUUUCUCAGUUUUCCCUCCGUUUCCGGCGACGGGGACGGUGACUGCUUCAUCGAGCAGCCGUUUUGGUCAGCGGUACAGAGUUUCUUGAAGCAGUAUGGGCAUUCGAGGUUUCCGCCGUCUCUGUUUCCGUCGCUGGUGACGUGGCAGAUAUUGUUGCGAGUCGGUGAUCCGGCAGAUGGCGCCGGGGUUGUGUCGCUUGAUGUUGUUGAAGAGGACGUUGCCAGAUCUAGAUCUGUGUACUGCGAUCAGUGCCGUGUUGUUGGUUGGAGUGGUCAUCCAGUCUGCCGAAAGCGAUACCAUUUCAUAAUAAGAGCAAAUAGUAAUCCUAUAAAAGGAUCCCACAGGGCAUGCACGAAGUGUGGGAAUAUGACAUAUUUGUCCGAUUCAAGGUGCAAGUUGUGCAACACUGCACUUACUGUAGAUGAUCUUGAAGAUUGGGUUUAUCAUCAAUUUGAGGAUACAACCCAUCUGUUACAUGGUGUAGUUCAUUCAAAUGGCUAUGGUCACCUUCUUAGAGUCAAUGGCAGAGAAGGCGGCGCUGACAUUCUUUCUGGAUUUGAUAUCAUGAACUUCUGGGAUAGGCUGUGUAAAAGGCUAGCUGUCAGGAAAGUAAGCGUGAUGGACUUAUCAAAAAAAUAUGGAACCGAGUACCGCCUACUUCACACGGUUGCCAAAGGCCAAGUGUGGUACGGCCACUGGGGCUAUCAAUUUGGAACCGGGAGCUAUGCUCUCACCUCAGACGCUUACCAGAAUGCAAUCCACACCCUCUCCAAUAUCCCCCUAUCCACAUUCUUUUUCCAAGGCCGAGGUCCCCGAACCCACCUCCAUACUCUAAUCGCAUUCUACCAGUCCUUAGCCGAAACCGAACUCCGAACAUUGAAGGACCUCUUCUCCUUUUUGUUGAACCGCAUCAGCGAACUCAAUACAGCAAAAUCUGAGGACCAAACAUCGAGCCAUUGUAAGAACCUGCUAUGUGCUUGGACAAGGAAUGAUGUGGAAAGGGUGGAGCAGUGUAUGGUUAAGGUGCUAGUAACGUCAGCCACUGCUGAAAAGGGCAAGUGGGUGAGUCGGCGCACUCUCAAGGGCGCUCUUUACAAGGCGGCCUCUCCCGAGCUUAUCGAUUACUGCCUUAAACAUCUAGGAGGAAGGGUGACAGGCGAUGGCAUGGUAGUUCGCACCCGUUACAAUCCUAAUUCUAAUGCGGUCGAGUUCAGGAUUGAGCCACAGAGCUGCAUAAACAACAGCAUUAGGGUAGACGGCUUGGACUCAAACUCAAGCCUUCCAUCCAAAGGGCAAGUUAUUGAUGAUCUAAGAUAUUUAUACAAUUCCAUACUCAACCCCCAGACCAUGGUGACCUACAGACCUAAGGCGACAAGGGAAUUGGUGGUUGAAUCGGCUAAGAAGCUUCUAGACUGCAAGCAGUUCAUUAAGGACUACAAGGUCGAACGAGUAUCAGUUAAAAACCCCUUUGCAAUCCACCUCUGGUGUCACGUGGAGCUUGAAGAUUACUCCCAAGAUUACCACUUCCCUCCUCCGGAACUUCUUGUACUACCAACAAACGCUACCAUAACUGAUCUAAAACGUGAAGCUACAAAAGCCUUUAAGGAAGUUUACGUUGUCUUUAAGAGGUUUUAUAUUCAAGAACUCCCUGACUUUGGCCGCAUAGAAGGCAGUGUGACUUUGAACCUUUUGUUUGGAUCAAGAGGGUCUGUCCGGAUCCGAGGAAGAUGCAAUGCAAAAUAUGGCCUUGGCCGGUUUCAGGCAGAGAGGGGUACAGAGACCUGGAUAGUUGACUGCAUCUGUGGGACUAAGGAUGAUGACGGUGAAAGAAUGUUGGCAUGUGACAAGUGCAGUGUAUGGCAGCAUACGAGGUGUGUAGGGAUUGAGAAUUCCGAUGAAAUCCCUGCAAAAUUUCUAUGCGAGAGAUGUUUGGGCUCUUGUUGCGCGGAAACCAAGUGUUCCAGUGGAAGUAGUAGUCCUAGGGGGGAGGGGGUGGAGGCAGAGUAUGAGUGUCUCAUUGACGGGGUGGAAUCCAGGAUUUUGAAAAAUGAGGCUAAUACUAUUUUACCAUCUGGAAGAACUUGCAGAGAUGAAGUCAAAGCAAAGGGUCUAGGACUCGUAUCCAGGAUGUGUAUGACAUUUGGUGUUCAGUAAUUGUGUACAUCGUAGCCUAGUUUUGUUUUGCAUGUGUUCAGGACUAGUCAUCCUGGGAUUUUGUUUUGUAUGUUUUGUAUAUACAACAAAAGAUUUAAAAAAGGGAAAAUUUCAUCA